UGUUCGCGAAAUAUUUGACACGCGAAAUGUCCAGUGAUGUUGAACGUAGAAGACUUUUAGGACCAAGCAUCGAAGACAGUGACUCGGAGCCGGAUGGAAACAAAGAAAUAAACAGUUACUAUCGUAAACUUAAAAAGAACAAGGAAGAUCAAGGCUUGACGAAAAACUUGGUUCUAGCGAUUUUGUCAUGCGUCAUUGGCUCGUCCUUCCAGUUUGGGUAUAACACUGGUGUUGUCAAUGCUCCAGAGCUAGUUAUCCAGCAGUUCUACAAUAAAACCUAUUAUGAAAGAUACAGUGAAUAUCUUCCCGAAGACGAGCUUACCCUCCUCUGGGCGGUCACCGUGGCCAUUUUCACAGUGGGUGGAAUGGUGGGCGGAGUCAGCGCUGGUUUCUGGGGCAACCGUUACGGCAGGACUGCUCCAUCCUUCUACACCCCCUCUACAACCGUGAUUGGUAUCAACACGGGCCUCGCUCCCCUCUACCUGUCUGAAAUCGCUCCCGUCUCCCUGCGAGGCAUGUCGGGCACCAUCAACCAGCUGGCAAUCACCGUCGGAGCCCUCGUCUCGCAGGUUCUCGGCAUGAAACUGGCCCUCGGAACUACAGACCUCUGGUCUGUCUGCCUCGGUCUGACUAUAAUUCCGGUUAUGUUCCAACUGCUGACAUUGUCCUUUUGUCCUGAGAGUCCACGCUAUCUGAUGUUGUCGCGGGACAACAAACAAGGAGCAACAGAUGCAUUAGUCUGGUUACGAAAAACUUCCGAUGUCAGUGACGAAUUGUUGGAAAUGCAACUAGAAAAAGAGGAACAGCAACGAGCUACAAAGUUCUCCGUGAUGGACCUGUUCAGACAGCGGGAGCUGCGAAUACCGCUGCUGAUCAGUCUGGUCCUACAGCUGUCUCAGCAGUUCUCUGGCAUCAACGCAGUGAUCAUGUAUUCGACGAGUAUCUUCAUGAACGCAGGCCUCGACCACAGCGACGCGCAGUACGCAACGGUGGGGACGGGCGUGGUCAACAUGCUGAUGACGUUCGUGUCGGCGCUGCUGGUGGACCGCGCAGGGCGACGCACGCUGCACCUCAUCGGCCUCGGUGGCAUGUUCGUGUUCUCGCUCGUUCUCUCCGUCGCCAUCGUAUACCAGCAUGAGUACCAGUGGUUAUCAUACAUAUGUAUCGUCGCGGUGCUUUGCUAUAUCAUCUCGUUUGCUACCGGCCCAGGAGCCAUCCCGUGGUUCUACGUGGCUGAGCUGUUCGCGCAGGGCCCCCGGUCCGCCGCUGUCAGCAUCGCUGUGUUGGUCAACUGGUCGGCCAACUUUGUAGUCAGUCUCGUCUUUCCCAUAGUGCAGAAAGCCAUAGCAGACUACUCCUUCAUUCCAUUUGUCAUCCUACUGGCUAUCUUCUGGCUGUUCACCUUCUUCAAGGUUCCCGAAACCAAGGGCCGCACGUUUGACGAGAUCAGCAAAGCAUUCCUGUCGUCCCCCCAGGAUGUGAAGACUGAUGACGCCAAGGUGCUUCUUGCUCAAGAUACCACGAUACAGGAUGCGGCGAAAUCAGUGGACACACCCAGUGCACUGGACACGCCCAGCGAUCCAGAUGUUGUAGUAAACGACCCAUCCAAUGCACCAGAGUAUUAAUUGUCAUAGAAUAAGCCCGAUUCCUUGUUAGUCUCCCACCAGUCCAACCAGAGGGAACUAUAGGUUUCAUCUCCGUCCUUCUGUCUGUCUGUCUAUCUGUCUGUCCCACAUAUAGUUUUCACAUUUUUUAAUUUUUUUUUACAGGGCCUCAAAAAACCGAGUUGAA